AGUCAGCGCAGGCGCAGAAGCAGCAGCUUGGGGCGGGCUUGCCGGCUGAGGUUGCCAGGCGGUGCCGAAGGCGCUUCCCUUUCUCCCUUUCUCUCUUUCCUCUUCUUUGGGUGGUUUUCUUGGUGAGUUAAUGGAGGAGGAAUGGAAAGCCAGCGAGAGUUGUUACCCUAGCAUCCCCCCUUCCGUCGUGCCCCAUCAGGCCUCUCUUUGCCAUCCACCUGUCGCACCGGACCCUGCGGCGGGCCCUGCGGUGCUCUGUCUCCACGGUGCGUGCGCGAGCGCUACCCGGCGCCAGGAGGACCAGCCUUUGGAAGAGGGCCUCGAAUUUUGCCCAGACCCUGCUUUUUGCAAAGAUCGACUUUGCCUCAGACUCAGUACACUCUUCGUCUGUGGUUCCUGUAAUGGUGUGCUUCCACUUCAGUGAGUUAAGCACAGCACCACACAAAGCCAAAUAAGGAAAUGAAGUUUUCCUCUUGACAGGCCAGCUUGCUUGGCUGAAGCCAACCCCUAGGUUGGCCUGGUCAGAAAACUGAAAAGAAAUGCUGACCUUGACCAGAUGUCACCAUUUGAAACAGAUAGCACAGGAGUGUCUUUCUAGCCUGCUGGUUAAAGUGCAGAGCCGCACACAGCUCCUGCUUCCACGAGCCUCUGCACGUGCAGAAUCAGGGAAGUCAUGGCACUCCACCCACUCUCUUGUUGGAGACAAAAAUAUUGUCCUGAUGGGGCCGCCUGGUUCUGGGAAAACAACAGUUGGCAGAAUAUUAGGUGACAAACUAGGCUGUUGUGUCAUCGAUGUAGAUAGUGAUGUCCUUGAGAAAGCCUGGAAUAUGAGCGCAUCUGAAAAAUUGCAGGAUGUUGGUAAUGAGCGAUUUUUAGAAGAGGAAGGAAAAACAGUGUUAAACUUGUCUGCAUCUGGAAGUGUGAUUUCCCUCAGUGGGUCCAAUCCCAUGCAUGAUGCUAGCAUGUGGCAUCUGAAGAAAAAUGGAAUUGUUGUAUACCUAGAUGUGCCUCUAACAGAUAUAAUUAGUCGUCUGAAAUCAAUGAGAAUUGAUAGGAUUGUUGGCCAGAACACUGGAGCAUCUCUGAGAGACUCGCUGAAGCACGUAAGACUGUACUAUAAGAAGUGGUACGAUGCCCGAGUCUUCUGUGAGAGUGGGGCUUCAGCUGAGGAGGUUGCAGACAAAGUGCUUGAUGUGGUUAAAAGAUACCAAGACGUGGAUUCAGAGACAUUCAUUUCAACAAGGCAUGUUUGUCUUAAAGAUCAUGACAAGAAGUUUCCACCAAAAUACUUCAGUGAAGCUGUAGUUGAGGGAUUGGCUUCUGAUGGUGGCCUCUUUGUUCCUGAGAAGGAGUUUCCAAAACUAAGUCCUGGGGAGUGGAAUAACCUAAUAGGAGCAACCUACAUAGAAAGAGCACAGGUGCUCUUGGAAAGGUGCAUUCACCCUGCGGACAUACCUGCUGCCAAAUUAGGAGAAAUGAUUGAAACUGCUUAUGGGGAAAACUUUGCCUGCUCCAAAGUUGCCCCUGUCAGGCACCUUUCUGGCAAUCAGUUCAUCUUGGAGUUGUUCUAUGGCCCAACGGGGUCCUUUAAGGAUUUGUCUUUACAGCUUAUGCCUCAUAUUUUUGCCUACUGUAUCCCACCAGGUUGCAAUUAUGUGAUACUUGUAGCCACUUCAGGAGACACUGGGAGUGCAGUCUUAAAUGGGUUUAGCCAUCUUAAUAAAAAUGAUAAGGAAAGAAUAGCUGUGGUCACAUUUUUUCCAGAGAACGGAGUUAGUGAUUUCCAGAAAGCAGAGAUAAUUGGCAGUCAGAGAGAAAAUGGUUGGGCAAUAGGUGUCAGGUCAGAUUUUGAUUUUUGCCAGACAGCUAUUAGAAAAAUAUUUAAUGAUUCUGAUUUUACUGGCUUUCUGGCUGUGGAAUAUGGAACAAUCUUAAGUUCAGCUAAUUCUAUAAAUUGGGCUCGACUACUUCCGCAGAUAGUUUAUCAUGCCUCUGCAUACCUUGAGCUUGUUAACCAACGGUUUAUUUCUUUUGGAAGCCCAGUAGAUGUCUGUGUUCCCACAGGAAACUUUGGGAACGUGUUGGCGGCAGUGUAUGCCAAGAUGAUGGGAAUCCCUAUUCGAAAAUUUAUCUGUGCCUCUAAUCAGAACCACGUUUUGACUGACUUCAUAAAAACUGGACAUUAUGAUCUAAGGAAUAGGAAAUUAGCACAAACCUUUUCACCAUCAAUAGAUAUUCUCAAGUCUUCCAACCUGGAGCGACAUUUAUACUUGAUGGCUAACAAAGACGGACAGUUAAUGGCAAAUUUAUACCAUCAGUUAGAGAGUCAGCUUCACUUCCGGAUUGAGAAGAUGCUGGUCGAGAAGCUGCAGCAAGAGUUUGUUGCCGACUGGUGCUCUGAGGGAGAAUGCCUCGCAGCUAUCAGCACUACCUACAAUGCAUCAGGCUAUAUUUUGGAUCCACAUACCGCUGUUGCAAAAGUGGUUGCAGACAAGAUGCAAGACAAAAGCUGCCCAGUGCUCAUUGCAUCCACAGCUCACUACUCCAAGUUUGCCCCUGCUAUCAUGCAGGCACUGGGGAUUAAAGAACUCAACCAGACGUCGUCCAGCCAGCUUUACUUACUGAGCUCGUACAAUGCAUUGCCCCCUCCUCACGAGGCUCUGCUAGAGAGAAUGAAGCAGAAGGAGAAGAUGGAUUACCAGGUUUGUGUAGCUGAUGUGGAUGUCCUGAAGAGUCAUGCAGAAAAACUCAUCCAAAAUUGGUUUGUAAGGAAGUCUGAGUAGGGGUUUUUCUUGGAAAGGAGCAAUAAUAAAUCUCAAACAUUGAUUUGGACUACAAUAGCAUUUGCUUUAUUUUAUGUAAAUGUUUAUGUGUGCAUCUGAUCUCUGGACUAAGAGACGGAGGCCAGCAUAGUACCUGGAACCCUCUGCUAUCAUGCUUUAUUUUCUGCACUUGUUGGUAUGGCAGUUUCUCCUUUACCCAACACUUCUGAGUGGAACAAAAUAUCUGGUAUUUAGCAUAGCAUUUACAAAUAUUUAAAUGCAGUUAGGUGCUGCAUAUCUAGUCAUUUAGUGUUUAUUGAACAAUUUGUGCUUGAGAUAGUUAGCUAACAUAGAGGAAGUAGUAAGCUCACUAGGAUUAGAAUCAUCGUUUUUAACCCCUUUCAAAUUCCAUUUUGGACAAUACUUGAUGACAUGUACACUGUCCAGCUAGAGAUUUCGUGGCCCAUUCACUGCUCUUUGAAUGUCUGUAGUUAGUGCUGGUGAAGUUUGAAAAUCAGGCCGAUGUAGGAUGUAGCAGUUGACAGAACUGUGAAGUAGUGAACACGGAAACAAAGUCACCUACUUCAAGAGAAAGGUGAUCCAAGAUUAGUAAUGUUUAAGAUGCUUUAUUAAAGUUCAGUUAUAGACAGCAGCUCUUCUGUAUUAUUUUUAGUCUGGUCCUAUUUGUUUCACUUAAAAAAACAUUUUGGGGUACCUAAAUCCACACAAAAUGGUAACUGUGUUUCAUUUCCAUUGCUGUGUAGUGACAGUGAUCUUAAUUGUGGUUUGUAUAUUUCCUGAGUAUUUACUUUCUGGAUUGAAGGGUGUGACUGAAUGAAGACAUGCAAUGGGCUGCUCCCCACCACAAGAUGGCAUUCCUCACAGCAUUUGCUAUUGCCCAUGACAGUCUGCUUCUGGUUACCUUUCAGAGAAAUGUUCAACAUUGAAAUGAUGAAAAAGGUUAAUAGUUUUAAUGGGCAAUAAGCAAUUUGUUAUACAAGUUUUAAAUUAAACCAUUUACAUGUUAAUAUCAGCUCUCUGGUUUUGCUUCUAAAAUGUAGUUCUAGGGCUUAUAAUGGAGGCCAGGGAUGUCCCUGUACAGUGCACAAAACCCUGGGUUCCAUCCUUAGCACCUAGGAAGGUAGACGCAGUAGGAAAAGGUCAUGUUUAGUCACACAGUUUGAGGCCAGCCUGGGAUACAUGAGGUCCUGUUUAAAACAAACAAACAAACAAACAAACAAACAAACAAUACUUGAAACACUUUUUGUUAAUAGAGACUCAAAGCUCUGUAUUUGUGUACACAUUCUAUCAUUUCAGAAUAUUUGUUUCAGUAGACUUAGAAAAUUAUCCAUAAAAGAAAAAAAUUAUCCUAAUGUUACUCUGCAUAUGCAUGAUAAUCUACUUUAAAAAUAAGGGGAUAAUGUUGAGCCUUCAAUUUUGGACUCAGCAACUCAUGAAAGAGCACAUGAAGUCCAAGUGAUGUACAACACAAAAUAAUUACUGCAAAAUAGUGUGGGAAUACAUAAAAAGCCAACGCUGCAUCCAGGUAGGGCAGAGUUUAACAGAAGAGGGAAUAAGGUGAGGUGUCACUCAUCUAAGCUCUCAUCACCUGGGAAACAGAGGCAGGAGAAUUGCGAGCUUGAGACCAGGCUGUGCUACAUGGGAAAACUGUCUCUAAAUGAAUAGGUGAGCCAACAGAAGGGAAAUACUGCUGUAAAGUAAGCAGGCUUCAUAGUGGAUGUAGGUCCUGAGGGUCAGCGUUUGGAAGUUAAGCAGUAGAGAGAGAAGACACUGUGACUUCCUGUUUCACUGGUUGUUAUAUGAUUAUUCUCUCAGUAUCUAGAUGGUUACCUCAUGUCUUCAUGUGGCCUUUGGGUCCCUGUCACUCUCAAGCUUCUCUUUUUUGUUUGUUUCAUUUGAGACAGGGUUUCUCUGUGUAGCCCUGGCUGCCCUGGAACUCACUCUGUAGACCAGGCUGGCUGCAAACUCACAGAGAUCCACCUGCCUCUGCCUCCUAAGUGUUGGGACUAAAGGCAUGCAUGGCCACACCUAGCUUCAGCUCUCCCUUGUAAAGAGUAGAGAUGUUCACUUUCCUCCCAUGUGACCUAGGAUGCAGUCCUCCUUUCAAGGGCUAGUGUCCAUGUAAGCCUUGUGUCCAGUGUCCUUCAACUCUGAUAACAUGCUUCAGUAUGAUAUCUUGCUUCCUCCCUCUCUUGUUCCUUCAAUGUCUCCAGGGAUCCUGUCUUCCUGUGGUAUUUACAUGCUCUUUACAUAGUUUAGCAUUCAUAGCAAAACCCACACGUCUACCUUCUGCAUUCCUCCUUGCUCUAACCAAGACAGUGCUGCAAAGGCUGUAGGAUUGAUUCCACUUUCUUGUCUCCACUGUACAGUGAGUGGAGGUAGGUUAUAAAUACUGAGGUGCAUGAGUCUCUGGAGUAAGAGCAGAGCACCACAGACAUCUUCACCUCUGGCACCUUAAGAGGUACAUAUAUUCCUCCCCCAAGAAGUAGCUAUCCCAAAUUCCAUGUCUGAAGUCAGUUUCUUUUUUUCUUUAAUACCAAUUUUGCUAUGUUUAGUUUACUAUCUAAGUCACGUGGGAGGAGAGUGAGCUGAAGCUGGGUGUGGUGGUGCAUACCUUCUGUACCAGCACUUGGGAGGCAGAGUCUGAUGGAUCUCUCUUGAGUUUGUAGCCAGUCUGUUCUACAGAGUGAGCUCCAAGGCAGUCAGGACUAUAAAGAGAAACCCUGUCUCAAAAGAAACAAACAAGAGGAGCUGAGGAUGAUGGAGACCCAAAGACCACGUGAAGACAUGAGAUAACCAUCUACAUGCUGAGAGAACAAGCAAGUGAAGUAGGCAAGACACAGCAUCAUCUCUCUACUGCUUUUCUUCCAAAAGCCUGACUUGGUUUUGGUUGUUAGUUGUCUUAACUUUGUGAAUCUGAAGGCUGGAGAGAUGACUCAGCUGUCAAGUGCCCUGGCUACUCUUCCACAGGAUACAGGUUUGAUCACGGAGCACCCACAUGGCAGUUCACAACCAUCUAUACUUCCAGUUCCAGGAGAUGGAGUCUUCUGUCUGGUUAAUGCAGGUACCAGACAUGUGCACUGUGCACAGACAUAUAUACAGGCAAAUGUACACAUGACAAUUUUAAAAUAAAUAUUCUAGGGGACAUGAUGACAUACAUGGGAUCCAAAUCUUAAAAUUUAAGGGAAAGUUAAAUAGGCAUAUAGGGGCUGGAAGGAAUUUGACAUAGAGUGUGGAAAGUAGUGUUCAUUUUGUCUGAAACAAAGGGUAUCUGGAGAUGAAGCCAGGAUGUCAGGCAAGAUCUACAGGUUCAAACAUUUCUGAGAGCUAUGUAAUGUGACUGAAUGAGUUUAAGUUGAAUACCAUAGUCCUCUUUUAAAAGGUUGUUUUAGAAGUGUGUAUUGCUCAUAUUCUUAGAGGUCAGAAGAGAGCAUCGGAUUCCUUAGAACUGGGCUUAUGGAUAGUUGUGAGCCACCAUGUGGCCCUCUGCAUGAACAUGUCCUCUUGGCCACCUCUGCAAGAACAUGUCCUCCAUCUCCAGAUCUCUCCAAUACACACACACCCCAUACAUAUAUACAUAUAUAUAUAUUUUAGAGAGAGAUCAUGUUGGGAACUGGGUGGAGGUAGAGGAAUUAAAACUUACAGGUACAGAGCCAUUAGAAGGCUAGUACCUGGGCCAAAGCACACAUCCUUUCUUCUCUGCCCUUCUCCUCUCUACAUAUGCUAUUCAACCCACCCCAGCCCAGACCUCUUCGCCUGUCUUCUUUACAGGGGUAAUCAACUUUUCUCUAGUUGUCAUAUUCCAGAAGUAGAAGUAGAAGUCUACACAACCAUAGUGUAUCCCUGGGAGACACAGAACGCUCCAAAACAUCUCUUCCACUGCAUUGCGUGCUUAAAGCAGGUGGCAAGCCCAGUUAGAUUCAAGUUGUACAUAAAUAAGUUGCAGUUCCUGAUGACUGGAGUAACAAAGUCACACAGUUCAAGAAUUUGGACUUGGAGUCAUCCAUUUGGGCCAUAUUAUAUGCUCUACUAGUUAUAAUAAAUGGUCAUUUCAAGAGGCAGUCACACCAGGAAGAUAGUUUUUUGUUCAUGAUUUGAGAAUUCUAUCACUAAUAAUAUAUAGACAGUGAUGAAUCCUGCACCUCAUGGUGUUUGAUCAUCUGCCCUUUUUAGCACAAAAUUCUGUCUCUUCUUGGUGAAAACAUACUGGACUUAUGUUCAGGAUAUACCUGAAUUCAUGCCAUUUAAUAACCUCUCUUUAAAGCUUCACCAGAUGUGCUCUGUUGGCAAAGUCUUUGCUAUACAAGAUGAGGACCAGAGUUUAUUUCCAGAAUCUGUGUUUAAAAUGCCAGAGAUGAUGGUGCAUGCUUAUAAUCCCAGUACUGGGUGUUGAGACAGAUGAAUCCUGAGUGGGGUGUGUGUGUGUGUGUGUGUGUGUGUGUGUGUGUGUGUGCCGGACUGCCAGCCUCGUCUACUGGGUGAGCUUCCAAUCAGUAAGAGACUCUACCAAACAAACCAAGUUAGACUGCACCUAAGGAAAGAAACCUGAGGCUGACCUGCCCUUCACAUAUGCAUAACCACCCUCACACAUAAACACACGUAUACACAGACAAAUGAACAGGAUUGUACAAAUCUGUCAAUAAUUAUGAGCAUAAUUUUAAAUAGCUCAUAGAUGUACAUCAAUAUUUAAUCCCUCCUCUACUGUUUCAAUCUACUUAUAUCAUUUCGAUUAUUCAUGGCAAAUUUGUUGAAGUGGAAUUCUUAAAGGGCAUGGACAUUUAAAGCAUGCAUGUUAUCUUCCAGAAAGGAUGCUGAGAUAGCCUUCUGCUUCCCAAGGCUUUGAUGAGGAAUAGUGUUCAUCUAGGCCUCUGUUUCCUUGUGCAGCUUUUUCCUAUCUUUUUUUUUUUCGUUUCUUUUCUCUCUAUUGCUUCCUUUCAACACUUACAUUGUGUAUGUGACUAUGGCUUUCUUUGUGUGUAAUUAAUGUUAACCAAAUGAACAUGGGUGCGGAGCCAUCUGAUGGAAUGUGAGUGACCUAUCACAGAUCACACUCUGGAAGAAAAAGGGCUCUUCUCCCAGGAGACUUCAUAGCCUUAGCCCAUCCAUGCUGAAAUGUUGACUGGCUCCAUCUUUUACAGUCACAGUAACACACACAAACUCUUCAGUGCAGCAGUCUGUCAUAUCCAGAAGACACUAUUUUGUUCUUUACUACUUUCUUGGAAGUAAAGGGGGAAGUUUAUGUUGACAUGUUUUUUAAAAUAUAUUUUAAAGAUGGUGAGAUGUGCUUGCUGCCAAGACUGUUGACCCAAGUUUGAUUGCUAGGACUCACUUGGUGGAAGUGUGAGAACUAAGUCUUGCAAGCUGUCUUUGUUACUUCCACACGUGUGAGUGAGUGGGAGAGCUCACACAGAAAUGUACAAAUGAAGAAAUAAAUGGAAUAAAACUUGUCUUAAAUAUUUAAAUAUUUAGUGAUUAACAAUUAUACAAAUAAUUUUGAAGAAAAAAAUAAUUCUUUUACAAACCAGACCAGUUUAAAUACUUUGUAAAAUACAGUACAAACGUACAGGUAUAUUGACAGAUAGGUUUGCCCAAACACCCUAAGAAUUCUGCUAAAAGGUGGCUGUACUCAAAAUUUAAUUCUUGUGUGUUAGUUCCCACCUUUAGAGGUCUAAGAUAUUAAUAGAAGCUGUUGUAUUUGGGUGAAAAAAAAUUGACAGUUUGCUGACUGCAAGCUAAUCUGAGUUUUAAGCCAAGAAAGUAGACUCUUGCUCAAUUUUUCAACAACUUAAAACAAGGUGGUUUUUAUUUUUGUUGUUGUUGGUUUUUGUUUUUGUUCAAAAACCUCAAAGUCGUUGUCUCUGGAACUGUUGGCAGUUUAAGUACCAUCUAUGCAAAUCUUCAUACUUAGGACACAUGAAUCCCAGUUUUUCCUCUUAUAAAUUUAACCUGAUGGUGAACACAGACUUUGAAGGUUCAUUCACAGAUGCCAAUUACUUUUGUUUCUUUCUUUCUUUUUUUUUUUUUGGACAAGGGUAUUGUAUGUCAGCAGCAGGAUUAGAUCCCAGCUGACUACUAGGAGAUACUGGUCUCUCAUUCUGUUUGGCCACUCAUAUUUGAUUACUCAGAGGAAUCAUGGGUAGAGAAAGCAUGCAUAAUUAAACUGACAAACUCUUGUACCUUAUUUUGACUGAAGACGUCUCUUGUGCUGCAGUAGCAAGCAGGGUGGUCGGAAUCACAGCUUUCUAACCUUGCUCUUCCCUCUUGUCAUUUCAAAGAAGUAUUGGCAAUCAAUGAGACAUCUCUCCACCAGGCCCCUAUCCCUCUGCUAUUAGAAAAGGCACCAGCAAGGAGAAGAAGCUAAGGUUAUAAUAAGUCCUUUCAUUUGCAGGCAAAUUUACCUUUUCUAGUACUUUUUGGUUAUAAAAGGGAAGAAAGAUCUUAGACUUCUGGUUUAGAUUUUAGUUUUUCCUUUUCUUGAACACUUACUUUCUAGCCAUCUUUAAAAACAUUUUUGGGGGCAUUUAUUUAUGUAUAUUAGUGUUUUGCUCAUAGAUAUGUCUGUGUACCACCUGCAUGCCUGUGGGAACCAUAAGGUGGCACUGGAUCCCUGGAACUGAGGUAUAGACAGUUGUAAGCCACCAUGGAGGUGCUGGAAUUGACCUUGAGUCCUCUACAAGAGUAACAAAUGCUCUUACCUCUGAGCCAUAGCUCUAGCCCCAGUUUCGUCAAUCUUAAAGACUACUUUUCUUUUCUUGCAUGGUAGGUUUUGUUGUUGUUGUUGUUGUGGGUUGGGUUGAUUUGGGUGUCCUAAAAGUAGCAAUGGAAGCAGGUAUUUCCGAUGGUCUUUGCAGCAUCCCUAGCCAGCAUAUAGAGCAGAAAGAAUCACAUACACAGUGGGACUGACAAGGCCUUAUUUAACUACUUCAUAUCCCAGAGAGUACUCUCUUGGCCAUAAUAGUUGCUGUAGUUUCUACCUUUUACCUCUGGAUUGCCUUACAUAUAAUUUCUGAAGCAUUCUUGCACCCCCUGCACCCUAACCCCACACCACAACAAAAAUUGUAUAACACUGUUGGCACAAAUGGCAUCUGCACAGUUCCCUUGCAAAUCUUCUGUGGGAACAAUUAGCAAAGUCCCACAGCUACAUCUGGCUCUCCCAUGAAACCGCAGGUCACAGAGGUGGCAGUAAAGUCAAGCAACAUUAGCAAGAAAAGGAGGGAAAGAGUUGAGAGAGGAUGUGAGAACUUUGAAUUGGAAAGUGGAAACAUGAACACAGAGGUAAAACCAGCUGAGCGUUUAGAGGCAGCUGGAGGAGGACUGUUGGAGACCCUCUCCAUCCUGUCUGCACAUGCCACAUCAUGUCUUUGAGUUUGAACAUUCCAUGAGAAAUGACAGGCACAAGGCCGGUGGGCCUAGGUCCACAUGAGGAAGAACAAGCCCAGAAACUGAGAAGCUCAAACCCUAGCCAGGGUCUUGACAUCAAGCAGUCAUGGCUGAUGAGAAGCAGAGAAGCACAGGCUGUGGCUCCAACCAACAGCCAAAUCAGAUUGGAUUUCAUUUGUGAGCCAACGUCUCACAGAGCUGUUCUCAGCCCUUAGGACACUUCAAGUGGGGUGAUCACGUGGAACUUACAUGGCAGGCUGGGAAUCAGGGGGGACACGAUGGGCUUUUCCUAAUCCAUUCUUAGAUGUUGGUCUCUAGUGGUAAAGGAAUCUUUAUAUGACUUGCCCCAAUGCCUUUUUGUUGUUGUUGUUUUGCUUUUUGAGACAGGGUCUAACUAUGUAACUCUGGCUGUCUUGGAACUCACUGUGCAGACCCAGCUGGCCUUGAACUCAGAGACCCAUCUGCCUCUGCCUCCCAAGUGCUGGGAUUCCACACUCCACUCAACACCCCCAUGAUUUUAAGAAAAGAUCAAACUACAUUUCUUUCUGUUUUAGUUUUUGUUUGUUUGUUUAUGUCUAUGCAUAUCUGCAUGUGUGUAUGCACAUAUUCAUUUGAGGGCCCAAUGGGGCCAGAAGAGGGCUCCUAAUCCCCUAUAGCUAGAGCUGUAGGUACUUGUGAGCUGCCCGAGGUAUGUAGUGGUAAUCAAACUAUUUCUCUGCAAAUCUGCAUUUUUAACUUGACUUGAUUUAGAAUCCCUCAGGAGAUUGGUGAGUCAAAGCUCCGGAUGCAUGUGGAGGCCUGAGUGAGAAAAGAUAACUCAUCUGAAGUAUAAUCAGGAGAGACUAAGAGAGAAAAGUAGGGAGCCAGUAUCCCUUUCUCUCUACUUUCUGAAGUGCUCUGCUACACACUUCUCCACUGUAGACUGACACCUCUGAAACUGUGACUCAGAAUAAGUGAUUCCUCAUUCAACUUUUGUUUUCCUCAGGACUUUGGUCACAGUGAUGAGAAAAGUGAUGAAUACACCAAUAGGGUAAAUUAUGAAGUGUAUUUAUGUCUCAUCUAUAAAAUGAGGAUAAUAAAGUCAAAAGAUUGUUGGGAAGAUUAUUGUAAAUCAUUAGAAGACACUCCAUGCACUAUAGUUGAGCUGUUUGUUUUCUGGGGCAUUUUUGCUGUUAACUACCAGUCACGAGCAAGGAACUCAGGAUUGUUAGGGAAAACUUGAGAACAAGUACACAUAGUUUUGGGAGAUGACCAUAGAACUGGAUUUGAAAGUCUAAGGACCCAUAGGUCAAACCCAAAUGAUAAGAAUGAAUGGGAAAGAUAAAAAAGCAAAUGAAACAAGACAUUAGAGGAAGACAAUUCUAUCCACUAAGGUGUGGAAACACAGAGUGAGAAGUAUCUUGGAAAGACCAGCAAGGGAAGCCGUGUCAUCCGAAGAAUCAUGUGAUGGGAAUGCCAGGAGCCAUACAGAGGAGACAGUGAAACCCAGGAUCAGAUACCUGCAGUUGUGCAGAAUGUCUCAAGAUCACAGUGGUGUCAAAAACAACAAAGGGCACUCCAUAAAACCCAACCCUUGACAUCAGUGAUAACAUGCGUGAUUGCAGAGCUGCCCCAAUAGUAAUGGUUUGCUGGGCCAAAGUCCAAGCGUAGCCCUGAAGAGACACACUCACUGUAUCAUAGUUGUCCUUCAAAGUGUUCGGAUUUGGGAAGCCGAGCUGAGAGGCCAAAUAGAGAUGUGUCAGGUUCACAGAAUGGUGGAAGUAAAUGAACGGAAACAGAGCUAUGAGGUGGAGUUUCACGGCUUUAAGGGAUAGUGUCUGCAAAAUACCUUGCUUUCAGUUGGAGCCUCAAAGUAGCUUGAACUAACCACAACCCUUAGUAGUUUCACAGAAGUUUCAAAGUCAGUUUUAGAUACUUUAUUUAGAAAGCUAGAGGUGUGUGUGUGUGUGUGUGUGUGUGUGUGUGUGUGUGUGUGUGUAGGGAGUAGGGAAGGUUUUAUUUAGCUUACACUUUCACAAUAUAGUUCAUCAUCAGCUUAAGCAGGGCAGAAACCUGGAGUCAGGAGCUGAUGCAGAGGCCAUGGUAGGGUGCUGCUUCCUGGCUUGCUCCUUGUGGUUUCUUACUGAACCCAGGCCCACCAGCUCAGGAAGUGCUGGGCCCUCCUCCAUCAAUCACUAACUAACUUGUGUCAACUUAACAUAAAGCUAGUUACAUUUUUUAUUCUGUGAAAAGAAUAAUUUGAGGAAAGUUGACCUCUUUGUAAUAAUUGCCUUUCUGAACAACACUGGAGAUAGUCCACUUAUUCGGAUAAUCCCAGAAGGCAGUUUUACAAUGUGAUGAUUUUUUCCCUGCCAUUGUGUCUGCAGGCUUUCUGUUACUUUUACAGAACAUCUGAGGUAAUCAACUUCAACAAGAAGAAGCGUCUAUUUUGGCUCCUGUUUUGGAGUGUCCAGACCAUGAUCUAAUCCCAUCUCUCAUAUUAUACCAUGGUGAGAGGGCAGUAGGAGGCAUUGCUUACCUUCUGGCCAAAAGCAAAGCAGCAGGACCAGUCCUGCAGACUCUUCUGAGAGUAAGGCUCCAAGGACCUGAAUCUGACUAUUCUCAUCAAAAAGCACUGGUACUGCCUAGAGCAUAGAGGGCUCAGGAGGAAGCUUUUGGUGUUCGGGGUGGUGGGUGGGGUGGUGAGUGGGGUAGGGGGUGGAGGAGUAGGAGAGUAGAGGGUAUGAGGGUGUGAAGGUGCACUGGGGAAGAAGCCUUUCAUACACAGGCCACACAGAGAUCUUGAUGUUGUAUGUCAGGCUAAUCUCUAGAUAUUUCACAGUUCACACUGCGGAUGUAAGUGGUUGCUUGGAUAUAAGUAGUUAUGUGAUUGUAAGUGGCACGGACAAAAGAACAGUUUCAUAAUUUGAUAUCCAGUGUCGCGUCCGCUCUCGACCAGCAAGAACGACACGAGCACCAGUCCUUCUAACAGCAGUUUAUUCAGCAAACUUCAGUCUUCCUCUCUCUCUCUUCAUCUUUUUCCUCAUCUAUCUCCCUUCAUCUUUCUCCCUCUCUAACCCGGGCCUCUCACUCUUAUAUACUCUGAGUCCCCAUCUACUCACAGCAGUCCACGUCACCUCACCAGGCACGCAGCUUCAGCCAAUCAGGGCGGCAGGGGCAUGUCUCCACCAAAUAUGGACUUUUUAAACCACCAGCAUCAUGGUGCACCUGUGCAGCUCUCACGAUGGUCGUGGCUUAUUUUCAGGUGUAAGAGGAAGUCAGGUGCAAGUCAUAAGACUUAGCUGCAGUCCCGGGUGCCAUCUUGGGACUGCUGCCACACCCGCUCCUCACAAUCCAGCACCAGUGUUAAGCUUUCAUAUCUUUUGGGUUAUUUUUCUAGAUAGAUAAUUAUAUAAGCUCCAAAUUGUAGUUUUGUAUCUUUCUUCUCUUCUCAUUUUGUUCCUCCAAAUGUCAGCUAGAAUCUCUAGGACGAUGUGAGACACUGAUAUUAGGUGUCUUUGUUAGUGGUUGGAAUUGGAUCCCUGAGAACCAGUGGGACACACACACAUGCACACACAUACACACACUAAAUGAAAUUUUAAAAAUUUAAGAAAUAAAGCUUCAGAUGAUGAAGACUGACCUUUCACUCUCCCGGGUCCUGUGGAAGACCAGCUGAUGUGACCAGAUUGUAUGGAUACAUUACUACGGUCCUUUUUCUGAAUUUCAAGCAGUGUGCCUAUAUAGAAUCAAUAUCAACUAAAUAGAUAUUCUCUUCUUGUAUCUGUACACCAGAGAACUUAAAAUUAGGGUUAAAAAAUGAGAAUGAUGGAUCUAAAGCUCAGGCCCAGAGUUCAAUCUCCAGCACUACAUAAACUGGAUGUGGUAAUACACGCCUGUGAUCCUACCCCAGCACCUGAGAAGCAGAGGCAGGAAGAUCAGAAGCCUAAAGCCAUGUUGGCCACAGAGCUCAGUGCUAACCUCAGAUACUUGAGACUCUGCCUUACCAAAAACAAAAUCACCUGAGAUUUAAAAAUUUAAAUUUGUAAAAAAUAAAGAAUUCUGUGCUUGUGUUUUUAUUGGGGUGUAUCAUGGGCCACCUUAAACAUGUUCAUCCAUUCUAAUCCUCUAGGGAUGCAUUCUGGAACUUUUUCUUUGUGCUGCUCUAUUGCAGCUAGCCCCAAGUUUCAGGCUUCUUCUUGAAAGAAAAUUUCCUUUUCUUCUUGAGGAUGCUGGAUUUUGCUGCCUCCCCUGGUUCAGUGGCCAUUUCCCCCUUUAGUUAAGAAAUGUCUUUCUCUUAGGAAGACUUGUAGAAAUAGUUGUGAUGGUUUGUAUAUGCUUGGUUCAGAGAGUGGCACUAUUAGGAGGUGUGGCCUUGUUGGAGUAGGUGUGUCACUAUGGACAUGAGCUUUUACACCCUAGUCUUAGCUACCUGGAAGCCAGUAUUCUGCUAGCAGCCUUCAGAUGAAGAUGUAGAACUCUCAGCUGCUCCUACACCAUGGCUGCCUACAUGCUGCCAUGCAUUGAUGAUACCUUGAUGAUACUGGACUGAACCUCUGAACCUGUAUGCCGGCUCCAAUUAAAUGUCAUCCUUAUAGGAGUUGCUUUGGUCAUAGUGUCUGUUCACAACAGUAAAACCCUAGCUAAGACAAUAGUAGUCCUUGUGUUUUUUAAUUUAGUCAGAUGAGCAUUAGCUUAUUGAUGCAAUGACAUUCUGUAAGCCACAGAGAAGUGACAGCGUAGUCAGGUUCAUGCUGUGUACUUUAGAAUAAGACAGAGCUGGCAAAAAUUCUUGAACUCUCUUAUUUUUACUUUCUUUCCAAGUGAAACAGGAAAUACAAUAGUUAUUUAAUAGAGAACAGAACUUAAAAAAAAACCUUCAAAUUCCCAGAUGAUAGAAAUGUACCCUAUGUUUAUAAAAGGUUGAAAUGCAUUUUAUAAAAAGGAGAAAUCAUUAAAGUUAACGCAAGAGUCAUCUUUGCCCUGGUCAAUUAUGGCAAAAAGUCUAAUUCAGUUCAAGUUUUUUACUAUUUACUGAUAGCAUAGUCUUACUCAUGUCUACUAUGAACAGACUUGGACAUUUUAUUUAUGCAUUGAACCUACAAGCUUCUACACUAACAAUAUUGAAAAUAAAUAGAUGUGCAAACUGAGUGUAGUGCUAAGUCCUGAACAAAGGACAAAUACUUAUAGGGUCAUUGCUGUUCUGAUUUCUGGAGUAUAUCUUCUCUCUUAUUUCCAUACUUGAGAUCCCCCAAAACUAUACUGGGUCCUUUCUUGAGUGCUAGGGAAAGAAAUCACCAAGACUCCAGAGCAAACAAGGCUGAACAACGAGUCUAGGACUAUUUGAGGAAAAUUUGGUUUCCCUAGCUCAUCACGAGCUUACAUCUUUCUCUUGAUCUUUGAAGUAAUUCUACAACCCAGUGUUUGUAGUAUACUGUGUAGUAUACUUGUGUACUAUAUGAAUAUAUCACUUGUCAAUUAAAAAGCCUAUGACCUAUGGCUUAGGAAGGAAAUAGAAGGUGGGACAUCUGGGAGGAGAAAGAAUUUGGAUAGAGCCAGGUAGGAGAUUGCUGGAAAGAUGUGUUAAGACUAACACAUGGCACCUGAGCACAGGUAACCAGCCAUGUAGCAGAAUGUAGGUUAGAAUAAAUAAAUGGGUUAAUUUAAUUUAUGAUUCUAGUUAGAUUAGAGCCCAGCAAUAUGGCCAAGGUAUUUGUAAAUAUAUUUUGAGUCUGAGUCUUAUUUCUAGGAGCAUGGGUCUGGGUGGAAGACCUGGACCAAACUUUGACAACUGUUACAAUACUCACAUGACAUAGACACAGUCAUAUAUGCAUCAGAAACAUACAUAAUCCAUAUAUUAUAAAUUAAUUACUUUUAAAAUAUAAAGAUUUACAUUGAAUUACAAAAUUCCCAUGUAGGCCUCCAAAGAACAGAACAGAAAGCUAGUUUGCCAUUUAUUUGAAAGCAGUGUUCCUUAGAAUUGUUGGGUGGGAUGUGCAUAGACAUGUGCUAGAACACCAUCUUAUUGCAUGACAUCCUUGUGGAUGAGAAAUGACCACCUAGGUCUAACAGUUUGAUAAGUAAAAAAGAAACUGAAAGUAAUCUCGACUCAAGAUAUGGGAGGUGAUCCACUUCACUUGGGACUGACCAUUUUUUUCUAAGUAAUCUCUUUAAAAUUCUCUAUUUGGGCACCACUUGGAGGGGGUAGGGCAGAACAUACCCGAGAUGAUGCCUGCCCAGUGCCACUAGGAGACACUCAGAGGUCCUGGGUGCCACUCAGAUGAGCAAGUAAGUGGAGGACAGAUGGAAGAGAAAGAGAAACAACGGUGUGUGCAUUAUGAACAGAGGCAGAGCUGGAGACUCGAAGGUGGCAAGCAACAACCUGAUGUGAGUCACCUGUGCUGAUGUCUGAGGCCAUGGUGACAUACUGGUGAGUGCUGCCCCCACCCCCCAGGACCAUAUCUGUGGACCUGCAGCAGUGGGCUUGUGGGGAUGCCUUUGGCCAAUGUCACCACCAUGGUAAAGCCAUGAUGAUGUCCCUGGUCUGGACUGCUGCCUGGGGCCAUGUUCACAUCUGAGGGCUGUGCAGGGCUGGCGAGGCCCCUCACUGUUCUGAGGGCAUGAACAAGGGAGAGUUGGCUCACCCAACAUGGGCUGCAGCACCACAUGGACCCAGUGCCCACAGAGGCCAGAAGAAGGCUUCAGAUCCUCUGAAACUGGACUUAAAGAUGAUUGUUAGUGCUGGGGACCGAACCCUGGUUCUUUGGAAGAUCAACACUGAGCCAUCUUCAUAUCUUUCUGAGCAAGCAUUAUAUAUAAUAUAGUAUAAUUAUAGUCUAAUAUAGUAAGGCACAACUAUGUCAACUGAAUUUAUUCUGAAUCCACAGAAAUUCUCACCUGGUAAGCACAUGUGUACCAGUCAUGGGGUUAUAAAAAGAAUGGAGAAUGUAGAAGUGGACUCUCAGCUAGGUGCCACUUCCUUUUUAAGAAUUUUUGCUGUAAAUUGGAAAAUUAAAAUUAUGUAUGAUUGUAUAUAUUAACAGAUUAUAAAUGUAAUUGUACAAAUUAUACAAAUUGUAUAAAUACAUACCUCAAAUA